GUGAGAACUGUCAAAUAUCUUUAAAAUGCCGUCCAAAAUAAAACAUUCUGAAAGCAGUUCCGUUUUGGAUAACAAAUUAAGACCGCAUCAGGAUGAAUUACUGCAUUUGGCCGAACUAGCAGGAGUUUACAUCGAUCCAAAAGUUUUCAGAAUUUUGGUGGAAUUACUUAACAUGGGGGUUGAUCCAACUACAAUUACCAAAUUAUUAACCACAAUUCAAAAAAACAGCGACAAACACAAGCAACAUUCCGCUCAAAGGCGAAGCGAAAAAUAAUUUAGUUAUCAUAUUUUGAAAUAGGUAC